GGGAGGGGGCGGGGGGAAGGACGGACGGACGGACGGCGGCAGCGGGCAGCAUUCGCCGUAGGAGCCGCCGCUAGAGCCAACCGGGGUGUCCCGCGCCCCCCGGAGGGCUUGUUGCUUGCUUCGCUGUCCCCGCCUCGCCGCCGGGGUGCGGGAAAGCGGAGCGUGGAGGCUGCGGGAGCCGGGUGGGGAAGAUGCCCCUGGCGCAGCUGGCGGACCCUUGGCAGAAGAUGGCUGUGGAGAGCACAGCCGAGAGCAGCACCGAGAAUGGACAGCAAAUUGUGGAUGAACCUAUGGGAGAAGAUGAUAUCAACCCACAAACUGAAGAAGGAAAUAUCAAAGAAAUUGCAAUAACUCACCAUGUAAAGGAAGGACAUGAGAAAGCAGACCCUUCACAGUUUGAACUUCUGAAAGUACUAGGACAAGGAUCCUUUGGAAAGGUCUUUCUUGUCAAAAAAAUCUCAGGAUCAGAUGCUAGACAGCUUUAUGCAAUGAAAGUAUUGAAAAAGGCCACCUUGAAAGUUAGAGAUCGAGUUCGGACGAAAAUGGAACGUGAUAUCCUGGUAGAAGUUAACCAUCCUUUUAUUGUCAAGUUACAUUAUGCUUUUCAAACAGAAGGGAAGCUAUAUCUUAUUUUGGAUUUUCUCAGGGGAGGAGACUUGUUUACACGUUUAUCCAAAGAGGUGAUGUUCACAGAAGAUGAUGUUAAAUUUUACCUGGCAGAAUUAGCACUUGCUUUAGACCAUCUACAUAGUCUUGGAAUAAUAUACCGGGACCUAAAACCAGAAAACAUCCUGCUUGAUGAGGAAGGACAUAUCAAAUUGACAGAUUUUGGCUUAAGUAAGGAGUCAAUUGAUCACGAAAAAAAAGCCUACUCUUUCUGUGGAACAGUGGAAUAUAUGGCACCAGAAGUCGUUAAUAGACGAGGCCAUACACAGAGUGCAGACUGGUGGUCUUUUGGUGUUUUAAUGUUUGAAAUGCUCACUGGUACUCUACCUUUCCAAGGGAAAGACAGAAAAGAAACCAUGACUAUGAUUCUCAAGGCCAAACUUGGAAUGCCCCAGUUCUUGAGUCCUGAAGCACAGAGUCUUCUGCGAAUGCUCUUCAAAAGAAACCCAGCAAACAGAUUAGGAGCAGGUCCAGAUGGAGUUGAAGAAAUUAAGAGGCAUGCGUUCUUUUCCAAAAUAGAUUGGAAUAAAUUGUACAGGAGAGAAAUUCAUCCCCCUUUCAAACCUGCAACUGGCAGACCUGAAGAUACAUUUUAUUUUGACCCUGAGUUUACAGCAAAAACUCCAAAAGAUUCACCUGGUAUCCCACCUAGUGCUAAUGCACAUCAACUUUUUCGGGGAUUUAGUUUUGUAGCUAUUGCAUCAGAUGAUGAAAGCCAAGCAAUGCAGACAGUUGGAGUGCAUUCAAUUGUCCAGCAGUUGCACAGGAACAGCAUUCAAUUUACUGAUGGAUAUGAAGUAAAGGAAGAUAUCGGAGUUGGGUCGUACUCUAUCUGCAAGAGAUGUAUUCAUAAAGCUUCAAACAUGGAAUAUGCUGUAAAGAUCAUUGACAAAAGUAAAAGAGAUCCAACAGAGGAGAUUGAAAUCCUGCUGCGCUAUGGACAGCAUCCAAACAUUAUUACCCUAAAAGAUGUGUAUGAUGAUGGAAAAUAUGUCUACGUAGUAACAGAACUUAUGAAAGGAGGAGAAUUGCUUGAUAAAAUUCUUAGGCAAAAAUUUUUCUCAGAACGAGAAGCUAGUGCUGUUCUGUUUACAAUAACAAAAACAGUUGAAUAUCUCCAUGCUCAAGGGGUUGUUCAUAGAGACCUGAAACCUAGCAAUAUUCUUUAUGUUGAUGAAUCUGGUAAUCCAGAGUCAAUUCGAAUUUGUGAUUUUGGCUUUGCAAAACAACUACGAGCAGAAAAUGGUCUCCUGAUGACUCCAUGUUACACAGCAAAUUUCGUUGCACCCGAGGUUUUAAAGAGGCAAGGUUAUGAUGCUGCAUGUGACAUAUGGAGCCUUGGUGUUCUACUUUAUACCAUGCUUACUGGCUACACUCCUUUUGCAAAUGGUCCUGAUGACACCCCAGAGGAGAUUUUGGCCCGAAUAGGUAGUGGAAAGUUCUCUCUCAGUGGUGGUUAUUGGAAUACUGUUUCAGACACAGCUAAGGACCUUGUUUCAAAAAUGCUUCAUGUUGACCCACAUCAAAGAUUGACUGCAGCCCAAGUUCUUAGUCACCCCUGGAUAGUUCACUGCGACCAGUUGCCUCAAUACCAGCUGAACAGGCAGGAUGCUCCCCAUUUAGUGAAGGGUGCAAUGGCAGCAACUUACUCUGCUUUGAAUCGUAAUCAGUCACCAGUUUUGGAGCCAGUCGGCCGUUCUACUCUUGCUCAGAGAAGAGGUAUAAAAAAAAUUACCUCGACAGCCCUGUGAAGUGACCUCAACCAGAUAUUUGGUACCAUGGCAUAAGAUGAUAGCACAAAUCAUGGCGACAGGUAGCACAUAUCUGACAGAUACCUGCAAGCACACUCUGUCCCAGCUGGUACCUAUAAUGCUGCUGCUCCUGCUGCUGCUACUGCUUUCAUCUAUUCUCGCUUUAAACUGUUGAUGGCAAGUUACUGAUCUUAUUGGAGCUUCAAACGGAGUGACAAGUGGAAACACAAUGAAAACGAUCGUGUUCACAAUUGAAUAAACCAGAAGAAUUAUGAAUGCCACCUCUGUCAAAAAUACACUGAAUAAAGCACUCUGCACCACAUAGCAUUAUUUUUAUAAGGAAUAUUUUUUUUCUCCCCUAAAAUAUUCUUUGUUACAGGUAGAGAUGGACAGUUUAUGUUAAGCACUUAGCUUAAACAAUCUGUUUAUAUUAGCACUAUAUACUUUGUGCCAUCCAACAUUUUGUAUGUUUUUGUAAACAGUUCACAAGCAGUACAUUUCCGUGCUGUUUUCUUUAAUGUAUACAUGCCUUGUUUUACUUAGAUAUUAUUAAUCAUUUUGACAAUUAAGUCUGAUUAAACAGUUCACCUGGAUUAAUCAGUAUUGUUGGACAGCUCUAAAAGAAGCCUGACUGUUAAACAGCUAUUGAAUGUAAUACUAUGAAUAUGUAUUUCUCCUUGCCUAUGUCUUUUCUACAUUUCCAUGUUUUUGACGCUGCAUGUCAUGUUAUGAAAAUCAGGAUACUGUUUAUAGUAUUCAAAAUUUAAACAGUGGAUCUCUCACCAUACUAUAUAUACAAUAGGUAAUAUAACCCAGAGAGAAGAUAACUUGCUCCAUAUCUCACUCUGUCUUUUGUUCCCCCUGCCCUCCCUUUUAUUCUCCCCCAUCUAAUCUCUGGACUCAGGAAUCAUUGCUAAAUACUUUCUGAUAGAGGACAUUUCUAUAUUGUUUAUUCUUAUAAUCCAUUGUUAAUAUUUUAUCUCUAUUCUGUGACUUUUGUUUUAAGCUGCAAAGGAUUCGUUCAGUGAAUGUUGGCAUUAAAGAAGAAAGGCAACAUUGAAGAUAAAGCAAAACAUAUUGUCCGCUAAUAAGCAGAAGCCUGCAAAAAGUAGGUUUAAACUGCAUUCAUUGCAGUUGCAAAACUGAUGGAUCUAAUGUCCUGUCAGUUAUUUUCCGAUAAUUUUAAUUGACAUCCAAAGCAAAACAAGAGGUGAGUCAUCCAGAUCUGUCAAGGGUUAGAAAGGGGUCAUUGUAAUUACUUUGACUGUGAAAACAGUAUUGUCCCAGUCAGGUAAGACAAAGCUGUUCAGAGUGAGUGUUCUUUUUCCCAGAUGGAAGCAAGUUUGUAAUGAGGGUGAAAGACUCAUUUUAAAUCCUAAUCUAAACUUUUAAUACUCUUGGCCUCUUGGUGUCUUAAGUCAUCUUGAUGGCGCAUCUUGAUGGCUAGUCUUGAAAGAUCAAAUUGCCCACAUGAGAAGGUGUCCUGGAAUGUGUUUGAAGUCCAUGAGUAUCCCGCUCCACCAAAAUGAUAGGCUACAUCAGCUCAGUCCAGAUAGGAAAAUGGGUAUUGGGAGUUCCAGCUUUAAUAAAUAUGGAUCUGGGUGAACAGCUCUAUGUGAACAAUACAAUUUAAAAACUAAAAGGUGCAAUUUUGUAUUUUGCAUAAGAAGGCAUUUCCUUGAUUUAGUGGUAUAAAAUUUCUUUUACAGUGAUUAAUUUGCUAGUUUCUCUGAAAUCAUCAGAGGUUUGUUGAAAGGGAGAAUCAUCUUUGUGACACCACAGAUUUGCUCUAAAUGAAUGUGAACGUUCCUUCUUGCCACAAGUUUUUCCAAGGUCCUUGGGGAAGCUUUCUGGGUUAGAGUUGCAAAGGAUCCCACUUUUAUUGCCCUUAAAAAUCUGUUAAAUAUUUAGUCCAUCAUAUAACUGUUAAGUAACUGGUGUUAUGAACAAAGAUUCUUAAAUUACCGUAGAUCUCAGAAAUCUGAACAAACAGCUGUUCCAGGCAAUUAGGAUUUUUCCCUUGCUUGGUGCUUGAAGUUCCCUUUAGCUGUACAGAUGCAUCUACCUUUCCUUCAAGAAACAUUUUUAAGCCGAGGCAGAAAAAGGCCGUUUUAAUUUUUCUUUGACAGUGUCUGCAGUUCCAGAGGAAUUUAGUAAAACCUUACCUUUCGGAAAAUGUCUUUUCAGCUCUGUGAGCAAUUGUAAGUCAGGCUUAUCAAAAUCUAGAAACCAUACCUUCUGGAGUGGCUUUUAAACAUGUUAAUCUGGAGGUUGUUGUAUCUGGUCAACAAACAAGAUUUUAAAGUGAUACUGUUGAAAUAAAGGGAUGGCAGUACUUGCUAGUGUAUCAAUAAUAGCAUUUCAGUUCAGGGAGGAAUUUCUCCUGUGUUCUCAGUGUGUAUAUAAUGGUACCUAGCAAAGAACAGACCAAGAGGAGGAGGUGUUAAGCUGCUUCACUAUUGGCAGCGUCUAUGUUAAAAUAAUAGAAAAGUAAUUUCAGUAAUUUUAUUUUAGCCAUAUUUUGUGGCCCUCAAGCUCACUGGUCAUUAGCCAAAUAGCGAAGCAAAGUUACCUCCUAUAUUUUAUGUAUCUACGUUCUCAAGUAAGCUGUUAAUUUAGUCUAGACUUUACAGAUGUUGCUACUAUGUUAUGAAUAUAGCAGCAUAGAAUGAACGUUUUAAAUGCUAAUAAAGCAGUUUAGCACAUGCUAACUCAAAUGUGUUGAAGUCCAGGUCCACUGUAUUUUUAAGUUACUUUCUAAACCAAGGUAUAAAGGGCCAGUCUAUGCAGGUGGUAUAUUUUACAGGCUAGACUUACAUGCUUUUAUGUACCUUACCUCCUAUUAUGGAUCCAUGUUCACAUCUUUCACAUUUAUUUUUAGGGUUUUGUAGCUGCAGUUGUUAGAAGCUAUAAAGAAAUCCAUAUAAUGCUUUUUUGAAUCUUAGCACCUUUCUAUUAGAAUGUGAGUAUACAUGACACACUGUAAAUUCAUUGCUGGACUGCCUCUUGGUCUGCAAAGCAUAGCAGGUGACUCUAGGAUACAGGGUCAUGGAGGGUAAAAAAGGAGAACUGCAGAUAGAAGUGAAUUCUCUGUAUGGAGGCCAUGGUUUAUUUUUUUUAGUGUGAAAUUACCACUUGCUGUGCUUCAGAGCAUGAGAGAACAGAGGGAAGAGUGUAGUUGCAAUACUCAUGCCAUCUACAUCCAGUAAGGGCAAAGUUCUUUAAUCAUAAUCACUAUAAUGUUGAAUGAAACUUAUAUGGACUUUUUCAAGACAAUAUUUAAAACUUUUUUCUAAAGAGACAAGGGCAUAAGAAAAUAGAUUUACGUGUCUGGGAUUUUUUUGUGUGUGUUUUGCUUUUGUAAAUGUAGUGUACCAACUAAAGCUGUGCUUUUCUAUUGUUGGAAGGAAAGGAUUCAAAGUAUGCUGGUCCUUAGUAAGCAGCAAUGGUUAAUAGAUGAAUUUUCACUGAUGAAAAUGAUGUAAAUGAUUAGCUUUAUCUUGAUACUCUUGACCUAAUCAAAGGGAAGGUGUACUUAUGAGGGAUGUAAUUAUUUAGCAACCUAGUUGGGGGGGGGGUCGACUUAAAACAUUUUUAAAAAAUGACAAAAUCACAGAUAAAAUAUUUUUCUACAAUUCUAUACAAUCAUACUUUAUACUAGUUUUCUCAGCAUGGCAUGUAAGUGAGUCUAAGGUACUGUUCCAGGGAAUCAGUGGUAUUGUACCUUAUUCUAGACCAUUACGAUAGCAUCUGUUAGAUGCUUGGCACUGCUGUCAUAAACUGAAAUGCUAGUAAAAAAAAAAAAAAUUGUACUGAAUACUUUAAAUGAUUGUUUUAUUCAGAGUCUGAUCUAGGAAAUGUUCCAAUCAUGCUAUUAAUGUGUAAUUAGAACUGUUCCAGAUGUAACUAUGAACAGUUCUGGAAAGGUAUCAUGGCUUGUACUCCUGUCUAAUGGCAGGUUUUGUAGUCUUCAAAAGAAAUUGAAAUUUCUACUAUGAAUAAACUUUCAAACAUCUUAA